AUGUUUGUGGCUCCUCUCCUGCUCUUGCUUUUCGUCCCCUUUCCUCCCUCAUCAGGGGCGCAGCUGCCAAACCAAGGACAAACCAAGAGUGUCCCCAUAGCCACCAACGGCCAGCCAUUCCCAUGGGACCGCAUGAGACUCCCCAAAACCGUCUUCCCCCUCCACUACGACCUGACCAUCCACCCCAACCUGACCACCCUUGACUUCACCGGCGUGGCUCGCAUCCAGCUGGACGUGCGGGAAGACACCAGCACCAUCGUUCUCCACGCCAAGCAGAUGGAGGUGUCCAACGUGCUGCUCCUGGCACCUGAAGGCGUGCGGCCCCUCCAGGUUCUGGAGUACCCUCAGUUCCACCAGCUCGCCCUGCGGUCGGACUCGGUGCUGACCAAAGGUAGGAGGUAUGAAGUUCACCUGGAGUUUGCUGCUAACUUGUCCGACAGCUUCCACGGCUUCUACAAGAGCAGCUACCGCACCAAGAGCGGGGAAGUCCGGGUUCUGGCCUCGACGCAGUUUGAAGCCACCUUUGCUCGUGCGGCCUUCCCCUGUUUCGACGAGCCGGCCUUCAAAGCCAACUUUACCAUACGGAUUAUUCGAGAGCCACGUCACAUUUCCAUAUCCAACAUGCCUAAGUUGAAAACUGUCGAGUUGCCAGGCGAUUUGCUGGAGGAUCACUUCGACACCACUGUGAAGAUGAGCACUUACCUGGUUGCCUACAUCGUGUCUGACUUCAUGUCUGUGAGCAGGACCACCCAGCAUGGUGUCAAGAUUUCGAUCUACGCUGUACCAGAGAAGAUCGACCAGACAGCCUACGCACUAGACGCUGCUGUGAAGCUGUUGGACUUCUACGAAGACUAUUUUGAUAUUCCCUACCCACUUCCCAAACAGGACCUGGCUGCUAUCCCUGACUUCCAGUCAGGUGCGAUGGAGAACUGGGGGCUGACCACCUACAGAGAGACAGGCCUCCUCUUUGACCCUGACAAGUCCUCAGCUUCAGACAAACUGGGCAUCACCAAGGUCAUCGCCCAUGAGCUCGCUCACCAGUGGUUUGGCAACCUGGUGACGAUGGAGUGGUGGAACGACCUGUGGCUCAAUGAGGGUUUCGCCAAAUUCAUGGAGUUCAUUUCUCUGGACAUCACCUACCCAGAGCUGCACGUGGAUGACUUCUUCUUGGGGAAAUGUUUCGAGGCCAUGGAAGUAGACUCCCUCAGCUCCUCUCACCCAGUCUCCACCGAUGUGGAAAACCCCACACAGAUCCAGGAGAUGUUUGAUGACGUGUCAUACGACAAGGGAGCUUGUAUUCUUAAUAUGCUACGAGACUUUCUGACUCCUGAGGCCUUUGAGAUUGGCAUCAUCCGUUACCUCAAACGCUACAGCUACCAAAACACUGUCAACAGCCACCUGUGGGAGAGCCUGACUGAUAUCUGCAACUCAGAUGAUCUGGACGAAGGUCGAAUGAAACACGUGGAAUUCUGCUCCAAGCGCGACCUCCAGUCUGGAGCCGCUAAAUGGUACUCUGGCGAUGAGCUGGACGUCAGGGCCAUCAUGGACACAUGGACGCUGCAGGAAGGAUUCCCGCUGGUCACUGUGGAGGUCAAAGGUCGAGAGGUCAGGCUUAGUCAGGAGCGCUACCUGAAGACUGACGACCCCUCCCUCACUGAAGGAUUCCUCUGGCAGAUCCCCCUGACCUACAUGACCAGUGCAUCCAGCACCAUCCACCGCUUCCUGCUUAAGACAAAGACUGACGUCCUGUACCUGCCAGAGGAAGUGGACUGGGUGAAGUUCAAUGUGGACAUGAGUGGCUACUACAUGGUCCACUACGCAGGCGAGGGGUGGAACUCCAUUAUCAAAGUGCUGCAACACAACCACACAGCCCUGACCAGCAACGACCGUGCCAGCCUCAUCCAAAACGUCUUCCAGCUGGUCAGUGUAGGGAAGGUGAGGCUGGACACGGCUCUGGAGCUGUCUCUGUAUCUGUCCAAAGAGACAGAGAUCAUGGCUGUGACGCAGGGCUUUGGAGAGCUUGUACCUCUCUACAAACUGAUGGAGAAAAGAGACAUGGCUGCUCUGGAGAACCAGAUGAAGGGUUACAUUGUGGAACUGUUCCGGGGACUGAUUGAUCGGCAGGAGUGGACUGACUCUGGAUCAGUGUCAGAGCGAGUGCUGAGGAGCUACCUGCUGCUCUUCGGCUGUGUCAGGAACUACCCUCCCUGUGUAGCCAAAGCUACAGAGCUCUUUAACCAGUGGAAGGACUCUGAUGGCACCAUGAGCCUCCCUGUUGACAUCACUAUGGCUGUUUUUGUGAUUGGAGCUCGAACACCAGAGGGGUGGGACUUCCUGUUUGAGAAGUACCAACACUCGUUCCAAAUGUCUGUAAAAAGCCGCCUAAAAAGUGCGAUGACCGUCACCCCGCUGAAGGACAAGCUUAAAUGGAUGAUGGAGCAGAGCCUCAGUGGUGAGAUAAUGAAGACACAGGACCUCCCAGAUGUCGUCGUCGCUGUCAGCCGGAACCCACAUGGCUACAAACUGGCCUGGGACUUCCUCCGAGCCAACUGGCACACCAUGAUCAAGAAAUUUGACUUGGGCUCUCACACCAUAUCAUACCUGGUGACCGGCGUGACCAACCAGUAUUCUACCAGGGAGAUGUUAGAUGAGGUGAAAAGCUUCUUUGGCUCCCUGACCGAGGAGACAGGCUCAGAGUUGAGGUGUAUCCGGCAGACCUACGAGACCAUCGAGGAUAACAUCCGCUGGAUGGACACUAACCUUCCUCUGCUGCAGGCCUGGCUGGACAAACGCAGCCGCAGAGCUGUCCAUGAAGAUUUGUAACCCCAGCGGAAACAAAAACAUCUGGACUAGACAAUUAUGUCCAUUAUUAAGACGGAAACUGUGAGAGGUGUGGUUAUGAGGCAGCUUGAUUUUAACAUCUAUGACUCCUGACUUCCCCUCCACAAAUGUGAACAUUUCAAAAGCAAAACUACCAAACAGACAAACAAAAACCUUUGGAUCCUGUGUAAUAUCAAUGCACAUUAUCAAUCACCCACACCUGACUGUCCUGACUUAGCACUUGCGUAUCAACACUUGACUUGUUGAUAUGCAAGUGCUAUGUUGACUUACAUAACAAUGAAUGUGCUACAUCUGUAAACUACAGCUGAGUGCUUUUCAAUGGGGGUGUUUCUCAGGUUUAAAAAGAGAUCUAAGUAAUGAUAGAUUUCCUUAAAGAACCCCCAAAUGGCAGAAGUUUGAGGAUGUUUUAUCUCACCUGACCAUUUGUGCUCGACGCUGUUUGUGUGCGUUGGUUUUUUUAAAGUGUGUGUUUGUUUGCGUGAAGUGAAGUGGGUAUGUGUGAGUUUUUAUCUAAAGGUUCAAGAUGUUCAACAAUGAGUGGAGUGUUUCCUAUGUGAAAUUUGUGUGAGAUUUUAGUCAUGCUGCAUUUUCACUGCGGAGAACAACAACAUAGAUAUUGUAAGUUGUUGUACAAGAUUAGAUUUUUCUCUAAAUGUUUAGGUACCAGACCACUUGUUUUCACAUGAAAAACAAAACAAACAAAAAAGAUUCCCUGUAGAGGAAGAAGCCUGAUAGCCUUAGGCCUUCACUGAGCUGCAAAAUGUGGGUUAUCUACAGCAGCUACAUCAGAAAAAUUUCUGAAACGAUUGCUUUCUACAAAAAUUACGCUAAUGCACUUGAAUUAUAAUAGACUUGAAUAUGCUGAAAAUUCAAGAUCCCCGAUGACUGUUUUGCAAUGUUUGCCUGAGUUUCCAAAUGUUGGGAACAUGAAUAUGGAUUCUGACAUCACUGGUCACUUUCUUGGUAGCAUUCUUAACUUUAUUUUACUUCCCAUAUAGAUGAGAAAGAACGUGAUCUGUCAGGAAAUGUGUUGUUACAGAAACGUUUUUGGUUUAUUCAACUCAUAAAUGCUAUAUGCCACUGUAAAAUCCCUCUUUAGGAUGACAGGAUUCAGAGCAAUGCUGUUGGUUUUUGUAAGGAGAGUAUUGGGUUGUUUUAUUAAACAUCGGACUAAAAAAGUUUAA